AACCUGGGAAGCUGCCAAACAUAUCGUGAGGUGACCUGUGAAGGUUCUUGGGCUCAUCUGAAAUGUGGUAAAGGCUACCAAAUCUACGUUAUUAAGGCUAAUUAUGGGCGCCACAACAGAUACAGAUGUUCCUCUGGAAAACCGUACUGGUUGCUUCGAGAUACCGACUGCUCACUGGACACGACAGGCAUAGUAGAAAAACGCUGUGAUUGGAAUCACUGCUGUGCCAUCAAAGCCAGCAACUGGGAGUUUGGAGACCCCUGCUGGGGCACACACAAGUACCUGGAUGUGACUUACAAAUGUAUCGCUAUCCCAGAAAGAUCCAAUGAAAUUUACUCUGUGACCUGUGAGGGCUCUGUGGCUCACCUGACAUGUGGUUACGGACGUGUUCUCAACAUCCACUGGGCUGAUUAUGGACGCAGCGACAGAACCACAUGUACCGCUACACGACCGUCCUAUCAGACCCAGGAUACCUGCUGCUCACUGCCCAUGUCGGGUAGAGUAGGUCGACGCUGUGACGGGAGAAGGUCCUGUUCCAUCUCAGCCAGCAACUCGGAGUUUGGAGACCCUUGUUGGGGAACCUACAAGUACCUGGAAGUGACUUACACCUGUGAUUCUCCGUGACUGGAUAAAAGCCUAAAGUCAGACAUCGCAGCGUAUCAUCUGAGCUCUGGAUGAAAUAUAUACUGAACCAGUAAUCAGCAAAAUAACAAUAAUUCAAAUGGUAAAUAAACGACCAAAAGUAUUUGGACAGCUCAAGCUAGAUCAGGCUGGUCAACUGUCCACAAACAUUUGGCCACAUAGUUACCGCAAGUUCAAGAUUCCUGUUCCUUCCUGACUGAAUGUCUUUAUCAGCUUUUUUCUGUUAUUUCAUCAUAUUCUUCUGUACCUGUAUCUUCAUUAUGCUAAUAAAUACAUAUACCUGGCAUCAACA